AUGGGCGCAAUCUCUGCUGUGUUCCUCAUCCUCAUCACCAUCCUCAUUCCGCCCGUCGGCGUCUAUGCCGUUGCUGGCUGUGGAAUGGAUCUCCUCGUCAACAUCUGCUUGACGAUUCUCGGAUACAUCCCGGGACACAUUCACGCCUUCUACGUCGAAUACAUCUACUACGACCGUCGCGAGCAGGCGCGUGAGGGCCGCAUAGUGACCGGUCGCGCGCCUGGUGUCUACAGCGACAGAGUCCAGAGCGGUGGACAGGGCUACGGAACGAUUGCCCAACCGACGGCUUAA